GUGGGCUUCAGGAAAGGGGGCGUUGACAUCUUUUGCAGAAGGACCCAGUUGGAGGUUGUGCUCUCAGUCAUGCUACUGGUCUUCCGGCUGUCUCUGGUGGCCUGCCUGGUUGUUCUGGGACUUGGAUCCAGCUCAGACAGUGGGCCUGGCCUUUGCCUGUCUCCGACAUGCAUCACAGUGACAAGUCAGAUUAUGGAGGCGAUGGACCGCAGUGCAGACCCUUGCCAGGACUUCUACCAGUUUUCCUGCGGGGGCUGGAUCAGGAAGAACCCUCUGCCUCAGGGACACSCUCGCUGGGACACCUUCGACGUUCUCUGGGAGCAGAACCAGGCACUGCUCAAACACCUGCUGGAGAACAAGACAUUUAUCGGCAGCAGCGAGGCAGAGAGGAAGACUCAGUCCUACUACCUGUCCUGUCUCAACACRCAGAGGAUCGAGGAUCUGGGAGCUCAGCCGCUCGUGGACCUCAUCACCAAGAUUGGGGGCUGGAACGUGACAGGUCCAUGGGGCAAAGACAACUUCAUGGAGGUUCUGAAGAUGGUGUCAGGUCGGUUCGGAGCUCAGCCCUUCUUCAGCGUCCAAGUCAGCUCCGACCUCAAGAACUCCAAUAGUAACGUGAUCCAG